AUGUCUUCAGAUUGCCCAACAGUCACAGAAAUACCUUAUACCACCAGCAACGCUCACUUUGGUCAUCAUGUCAAAGUCUUAGAAUUCGUGUGGAGCUCGUUCAUUUGGAAGUGUUUAAAAAAGGUUUUAACAAUUUUAUAUGCAGCAGCUAAAGAGACUUUAGUGGAAUAUUUUCAGAAAACCAGCCUAAAUGGCUUUGGCCUGUUGUACUCUAUAAGAAGACGCAAGUAUCAAAGAUUGUUUUGGUUUACGUUCAUUGUAAUGGGUGUUACAUUUGCCACUUAUGUUUGUAGCACCACCUUGAUAUCAUUUCUUAAAGAUCCUACUGUUACCGCUUUGAAUACCCAAAAAUAUACCGUGUUUAAUGUGCCAUUUCCCUCGGUGGCUGUGUGCAGUAACAACAAGUUCAGCCGUGAAGCUAUUCUAAAUUAUGCUCUGGAUAUCACUUUACGCAGUCCAGAUUUUAAUCCCCCUGAAUAUUGGCAGCAUAAACUCAAACAGUUAGCGGGUCUACUCAAUACCGAUUCCACAGAUUUUGAUGAAGCCCUGAAGCUACACAAUAAUUUGGAAAGUGUAUUUGGUGAAGCAUUCAAUACACGUAAAAUACUUAAAAUGUUGGCACCAAAAUGUGAAGAUUUAAUAGUAAAAUGUUUUUGGGCUGGAGAAGUUAUCGACUGCCAAGAGCAGUUCCAGCUAAUGUCGUUUGUCGAUGGAAACUGUUGUGUGUUUAAUUAUCAGUAUAAGAACCACCCAGAUUCCUUAUACUAUCCCAAUUCAAUUGGUGCCGAAAUGGGUUUGACUGUUCUAUUGAAUUCCACCACUUCCGAUUAUUUUUAUGCCGAAGAGAGUACAAUUGGUUUUAAUGUUAAGCUAUUCGGUUCCCAACGUAUACCGGAUAUUUCCAUGGGAGAAAUGGAAGAAUUUCAUGUUUGUCCGGGCGAAGAUGUUGAUGUUAAACUAAGUUUGGUUUCCCAAAGCACAGUGAAAGAUGCCCGUGUUCAUAGUGUGCUCAAGCGUGGCUGUUACUUUCCCUAUGAACACAAAGAAGCGGCUUUUGACAAAUCGGAAUGUUUGUUGAAGUGUAAAAUUCGCAGUAUAGAAUCAUUGUGCAAUUGUAUACCGUUUUAUGCUUCCAAUAGUGAUAUAGAGUCUAAAAAAGUUGAUGAGAUCAGGGAACAGUGUACCCUAGCUAAUUCGGAAUGUUUGGAACGUUAUAGAGUUACCUGGCAAACUUAUUAUCCUGUGAAUGCCGAUAUUAAUUCUCAUUUAAAGGAAAUGCUUGCGGAUUCUUUAACGUGUCCCGAUUGUUUGCCUUUGUGUAACUACAACCGAUAUUUUUAUCGCAAAGUAGUUAAUAGAUUAAGGCAUACUUUUAAGCAGAACGUUAAUAGGAAAUAUCUAGGCCCCAUAUCAAACCUACCUCGGGAGUUGAGUCUGGUUAAAAUAUUUUAUACUUCUGAGAGCGCCAUUAGAUACCAAAAGAAUGUUCUUUACAAUUGGUAUCAAAUUUUAUCCAAUAUUGGUGGAGUAAUUGGCAUUUGUAUGGGAUGUUCCAUUAUAAGUGGCAUUGAAAUAAUUUACUUUGGCUGCUAUCGUUUGGUGGAAAAGUAUUUGAAAUUAAAGAGAAAUAGAAAAUAA